UGAUGCGAGUCCUUUCAAAUUGUAUCAUUUCAAGAACUUCUCCAUUUAGAAUUGCUAUUCUAGAAGUUUAUAGAAUUCACUGAACAUUGCUAUACUGCAAAAACUUAUUUGUAUUGUCAGAUAUAUCUUGAAUACAUAAAUUCAUUUCUUCUAAUGAUAAUAUAUACGAUAUUUCCUAUAAAAAGUAGCAAAUAUAAUUUCAUUCUUCGCUUUAUCGAUUCAACCAUUUGACUAGCCUACUAUGCACACUAAUUUAAUCGUCCAGUGAGGUUGCAGAGCGUGAGUGUUUCUUAUGGAUGUAUGUAAUGAAAGGAAUAAAAUUUCAAACCAUUAUCUGCACCCAUACCCGCACCCUUGUAUCAUGGAAAAUUUAUUUCUUUAGGAUUCUAUCGGCAUUUUACAUGUGAAUGAAUUGUUCUGCGAAAUUUUAAAUUUUUGAUUUGGGAUUCAUUUUAGGUUCAACAAGAGCAACAACAAGAGCAAAAACAACAACAACAAAAACAACAACUACAACAACUACAACAACUACAAGUAAGUAAUAGGUUAAAGAGUCAAAUACAACGCAUGUUCCUAACAAGAACAACUUUUCAAACAGCCACAGAGUUUUCUUUUUUCUAAAACAUCUAUAUAUAAACAUAAGGCUUUUCUUAUAUUUUUGAGUAGGGAAAUGUCUACUGAAUCGAAUCAUGUAAAAAUCAUUCAAUUAUCUUCAAAAAUAGCUGAGCAAUUAGAGAUAGUUUGUGAGUAAUUGAAUUUGUCCCAAUUAAAAGCACUGUGCCUAAUAACAACAACAAGGCAAAAAAAUGUUCCUAAUUCGAACAUUCGAUGAAAAAUACAUGCAAGAAAAGAAAAUUUUAGUAAAUGAGAUUUUUUUUGUCUCGAGGGUGUGGGUGUGUGUGUGUGUGUGUGUGGGUGUUCAUUUAGUCAAUACCUACACCGACAC